CCUCCCCCUCUUGGUCCCCCACACGUGCUCCCCCUCGCAAUCUCCUCCCAUUUUUUGUUUUUUUUUUUGCAAAAAAAUAACCAAUCGGUUUCUGGGUAAUGGUCUCCUCUACUGGGAUAUUUCUUGCCACAUUCGAUCCUUCUGCCGCCCAGAAUUUUCUGCAAUUAGCGAUCCAUUUCCAGCAUUCCUACCCGGCAAAAGGGGAAACAAAACGAUUUUUUCUCUCCCUUUUGAUCGUCUUAUGGAUCUGGGUGUCGAAUUUAUCGAGGAAAUCGAGCAGUGGGCUUUCACGGCUUGCAGCGGAGGAUAGUGGAUUUGCGCCGUGGGAGCCAUAAAACCGGCGAGAUGGGCAAGUCCUCCGCUGCUGAGGGGCUUGUGGAUGGAGUAAAUAGGAGGGAAGAGGAGGAAGACGAGAGGAGAUCUCUUUUGCCGCCGGCUGCCAAGGGAGGAAUGGCCGGAAAGAGGAAAAGAUCCGGGAGGAGGAAAGUCCGGUGGAAUGAUUGCAACGGGAAGACGCUUGUCGAAGUCUUGGAAUUCCAUCCCAGUGAUUCGAGUGAUUCAGAGGAUGAGUAUUUGGGUUUUUGUAUAUGCACGGUAAUGUAAAUCUCUUGCACAAGGUUACAGUUUCAGCCAUGGCUUGAGAAACGGCAGAAAAUACUAACAGAUUGUCAUGUUCGAAGUUGCUGUUGCCCUUGGGGGCUGAUUUUUUGACAUAAACCACUACUAUGAUUUUUGCUGAGAUGACAUUUUUUUCAUUUACAUUAACAGGAUUAAUUUAUCGCUUUUUAAGGUGGUUUGAUCUGAUUAAUAGGUGUUGCAGGCAGCAUUUGGGAACAGCCAUAUAUUGGUGCUGAUUUUCAGA